CUUUAUUUAAAGUGUGCGGUGAGGGCUUCGAUCUUCACACCCGAUUAGUCUCUGGGUUUGAAGACCACUCAAGCCAGAAAGAAGAACAAGUGCCUUUGUUCACCAGAAGUGACCUUGUGUUUAAGCCCGCAGCGACUACACGUUCUCCUACGUCUCCCUACGGACUAGUUCCCGACCCUCCCAGAAGAUGGCGCUCGUGUCUACCUAUUUUGAGCACCGCGAUUACGCGACUCCGACCGUCAUGGUUGAGCAGCCGUCGUACUACUCUUACGAAGACUAUUAUUGUAACCCUGUUACUGCUACUAGCUCCUACAGCCCGUCGGCUGGUAGCCAGGGCAAUAGUCCUGUACCUCCUCACAGCCCGCAAAUGGCUCAAAGCACGUUCGACUUCGUUAAACUUGAAUCAAACGCACCCGAAGAGAUGGAGGAUGCAAGCAGCGAGUUUUCGACAGGCUCCAUCGAUUCCCAGAUACUGAGGUCAACCUCAAGUAGUUCAAAGACGUCUUCUGGAAAGAGCUCCGGUGGUAAGAAGAAGUCUUCGGCAGCUCCUCCGCCCGUCGUGAUGAAGAAACGCCGUCUCGCAGCUAACGCCCGCGAAAGGCGCAGGAUGCACUCGUUGAAUGUGGCAUUCGACAGCCUUCGAGAUGUGAUUCCAUCGUUGGGCAAUGACCGCAAGCUAUCGAAAUUUGAAACUCUGCAGAUGGCGCAGACAUACAUCGCCGCCCUGGAUGAUCUGAUUUCGCGUAAUUCACACUAUGCCCCACUUGCCCCAUCAUCGGCCACCUCAUGAAAUGAGCAUGGUCACAAGUAGGGAGUUCCCUUUACUGUGACGGUUUGCUGUACAAAGUAUCUCGUUAAGUUAUUAUUAUGUGUUCCAUUUAUAUAUACAAUAGAUUUAUCCGCUGCCAACGAGGUGUAGCGCAGUGUUGUACAUAUCUCUUUUUUCUUCUAUGGCGAUGGUGAUAAACGAAAAUGAGAUCGUUUUUGGGCAUACCCACUGUUAUUAGCCAGCCUCUACAGCUAUCACCAAAGUGUCAACAGAGGAAUAGUUGACACCCUUUACAAAAACUUUUAGGCGUGUACCACACGAACAACACAAUAUUACGUGUUUCAUGCUCAACUUGUGGUUCCAAUAAGCGAAACCAGUCCUGCUAGUCCUGAGAUAAUGGUUGCUGACCCUGGUGGUCGUCUGUGACACGUUUCGGUGUCCUGAUUAAAUAAGGAUGAAAGGUCCAUAAUGAUCACAUCGGCUGUGCCUUACUGUAGGAAACAUUGCAUGCUUUGCAAUUGCACUUUACAGUAUGAACAUAAUUAGAAUAAUUAUUACUACUAUUACCUGCACUAAUAUACUAUCGUGCCAUGAUUUGUACAUAUAGCAGAUAUGUAAGAAAGAUGGACAACGAC